AUGGAGAUUGUAAAAUUCUUGUACUUGAAUCUUCUCGCGACUUUCACAUUCUCAGUGGUUUUAGCAAUGGACCCUUAUUCAGAGGCACUCCUGGACCUGAAAUCUGAGCUUGUAGAUGAUGAUAACACACUGCAUGAUUGGAAAGUACCCUCUCAACAAGGGAACUCAACAACAGAAUCCUAUGCAUGUUCUUGGACAGGUAUCAAGUGUAACAACGACUCAACAGUUGUAACCUCCAUAGACCUCUCAAUGAAGAAACUCGGUGGCGUAAUCUCAGGGAAACAAUUCACCAUCUUCACAAACCUUGUUGAUCUCAACCUCAGCUACAACUUCUUCUCUGGCCAGCUUCCAGUGCAAAUUUUCAACCUCAAAAGCCUGAAAAGCCUUGAUAUCAGCAGAAACAAUUUCUCUGGUCACUUUCCAAAUGGAAUUUCCAGCCUCCAAAAUCUUCUUGUACUUGAUGCCUUUAGCAACAGCUUUUCAGGUCCAUUGCCUGCAGAACUUUCACAGCUACAGAAUCUCAAGGUUCUUAAUCUAGCUGGGAGUUACUUCAGUGGACCAAUUCCAUCUGAGUAUGGUUCUUUCAGAAGCCUUGAGUUUCUUCAUCUUGCAGGGAAUUCUCUCACAGGGAAUAUUCCUUCAGAACUUGGAAACCUCAAAACAGUGACCCAUAUGGAGAUUGGUUACAACAAUUAUGACGGUCUUAUACCGCCACAAUUGGGUAACAUGAGUCAGAUUCAGUAUCUUGACAUAGCAGGUGCAAAUCUAUCAGGCCCCAUACCAAAGCAACUCUCCAACCUCACCAGUUUGCAAUCACUAUUCCUGUUCCGGAACCAGCUCACAGGAUCAAUACCAAGUGAGUUGGGCAAUAUAAAAAAUCUCACAAAUUUAGAUUUAUCUGAUAACUUCCUUUCAGGGUCUAUUCCAGAGAGCUUUUCAGAGUUAAAGAACCUAAGACUGCUGAGUCUCAUGUACAAUGACAUGACUGGCAAUGUUCCACAAGGCAUAGGUGGACUUCCGUCCUUGGAAACCCUUCUCAUUUGGAACAACCGGUUCUCCGGAUUACUUCCACAGAGCCUGGGGAGCAACUCUAAACUCAAGUGGGUGGAUGCAUCCACAAACAACUUGGUUGGCAGCAUUCCACCGGACAUUUGUGCAACUGGAGAGCUGUUUAAGUUGAUCUUGUUCUCAAACAAAUUCACAGGAGGUCUCUCCCCUCUCUCUGAUUGUUCUUCCCUUGUUCGCCUUCGCCUUGAAGAUAACUCAUUCUCCGGAAGGAUCCCUCUCAGAUUCAGCCAUCUUCCUGAUAUUUCAUACGUUGACCUGUCCCACAACAACUUUGUUGGUGGGAUUCCCUCCGAUAUUUCUCAAGCAUAUCAACUUCGGUAUUUCAAUGUAUCUUAUAAUCCACGAUUAGGAGGCACCAUCCCCACACGAAUAUGGUCUUUGCCCGUACUUCAAAACUUUUCAUCAUCUUCUUGCGGUAUUUCAGGUGAUCUUCCUCAGUUUGAGUCCUGUAAGUCAAUUUCAAUAAUUGAUCUAGAUAGGAACAACUUAUCUGGAACUAUACCAAACAGCUUUUCCAGAUGUCAGGCUCUUGAAAAACUGAACUUGUCGAACAACAAUAUGAUAGGUCAUAUACCAGAAGAACUAGCCAGUAUCCCUGUUCUUAGUGUUAUAGACCUAUCAAAUAAUAAGAUCAAUGGCCCCAUACCUGAAAAGUUUGGUAGUUCUUCAAGUUUACAACUUCUCAAUGUGUCCUUCAACAAUAUCACGGGUUCAAUUCCAACAGGGAAGUCAUUCAAAUUGAUGGGUAGCAGUGCAUUUGUUGGGAAUUCUGAGCUUUGUGGAGCACCGCUUCGACCAUGUCCUGGUUCAGUUGGAAUAUUGGGGAGCAAAGGGACAUGGAGGCUUACCCGUAUUCUGCUACUCUGUUUAGGGUCGUUAGUAAUCCUUCUAGGAGUCGCUUUUGGAACACUUUAUUUAAGAAGAGGGAUCAAAAGUCGAUGGAAGAUGGUCUCAUUUGCUGGACUCCCACAAUUCACAGCAAAUGAUGUUUUGACAAGCUUCUGUGGCACAAAAACAACAGAAGUUCCAUCACCAUCACCACCUUUGGUUUCAAAGGCGGUUCUCCCCACAGGGAUAACAGUCGUAGUUAAGAAGAUUGAAUGGGAACAGAGGAGCAUCAAGGUCAUGUCGGAAUUCAUAAUUCGCCUUGGAAAUGCGAGGCACAAGAACUUGAUCAGAUUAUUGGGGCUAUGCCACAAUAAUCAGUUGGUCUAUCUUCUGUAUGAUUAUGUGCCCAACGGGAAUUUGGCUGAAAAAAUUGGAAGGAAGUGGGACUGGGCAGCAAAGUUCAGAACUGUGGUUGGAAUCGCAAGGGGGCUAAGAUUCCUUCACCAUGACUGUUCCCCAGCCAUACCCCAUGGAGACUUGAAAUCAAGCAACGUUGUGUUUGAUGAAAAUAUGGAACCCCAUUUGGCUGAAUUUGGGUUCAAACAUCUGUUAAGGUUGACCAAAGGCUCAUCUCCUGCUACAACCAAGUGGGAAACAGAAUAUAAUGAAGCCGUGAAAGAGGAACUCAGAAUGGAUGUCUACCAAUUCGGAGAGAUGACUCUGGAAAUUUUAACUGGAGGAAGGUUGACUAAUGCAGCAGCUACCAUACAAAACAAACCAUGGCAUGUUCUUCUCAGAGAAAUUUACGACGAGAACGAAGUCAGUUCCGCCAGUACAAUGCAGGAGAUCAAACUGGUUCUCGAGGUUGCUAUGCUUUGCACUAGCAGCAGGUCAAAUGAUCGACCAUCGAUGGAUGAUGCUCUGAAGCUUUUGCCAGGGAUCAAACCUAUAGAAGAUGGCAGAGCUUCAAAAAAAUGAUAGUAAAAUUUUAAUCGGUAUCAUUAAUAUUGAAAGCCAUUAGAGAUAUAUAAAUUCUCACUAAAAAGUUUGCAUGUGUGUAAUUAAAUGAGUCUGUAGUUUGUAUUUGUAUAAUAUAUACUUCCCAUUAUUUGAGUGUGACAUCCCAUUCUGUCUGUGUUGCAAAAUCAACUUCAUAAAAUAUUUGAAAUAUGGUAUUCAU